AUGCACGGCGAGAAACACAAAGAGAAUGAUGAUUCUGUGAAAGCCGUCCACGACAUCACCGGCGGACCUCUCACGACAGAUUCUAGGGCUCUUCCCACCCUCAAUGAGCACGGUUUCAUCGGCGACGAGAAGAGGCCGCGUUCCCCGACGAGUGAGGACACCGAGAUUGGCGAGACCGAGGAUGGCAUGGAGCCCAACGCGCACGAGAAGAAGUACCUCCGCCACGUCGGCGAGAGCCUUCCCUUUUCCACCUUCCUGGUCGCUUUCGUCGAGCUGUGCGAGCGGUUCACUUUCUAUGGCUGUCAGGGCAUAUUCCAGAACUAUGUCCAGCGCCCCCUUGAUGGUUCAGAAGGGAGAGGCGCACUUGGUCUAGGCCAUCAAGGCGCAACCGGGCUGACUACCUUCUUCAACUUCUUCUGCUACGUCACGCCGAUAUUGGGCGCCAUCGUCGCCGACCAGUACCUGGGCAAGUACAGGGCCAUUCUCUACUUCUGUGUUGUCUACCUGAUCGGGCUUCUGAUCCUCUUCACCACGUCGUUGCCCGUUUCCCUGCAGAACGGGGCCGGUCUGGGCGGGUUCAUCACCGCCGUGAUCAUAAUUGGCAUUGGCACCGGCGGCAUCAAGUCCAACGUCGCUCCAUUGAUCGCGGACCAGUACAAGCGCAGGAAGAUGAUUAUCACGACCACCCCCAAAGGCGAGCGCAUCAUCAUCGACCCAGCCGUGACCAUCCAGCGGAUUUACAUGAUCUUCUACACCUGCAUCAACAUCGGCGCCCUGUCACUCCUGGCCACGCCGUACAUGGAGCGCGACAUCGGCUUCUGGUCCGCCUACCUGCUCUGCUUCUGCAUGUUCUGCGCCGGCACCACCGUCCUCAUUUUGGGCCGCAAGAUCUACGUCGUCCGACCGCCCCAGGGAUCGAUCAUCACGGACGCGUUCAAGGCAGUUUGGCUCAUGAUCAAACAUCGCGACCAGAACGCGCCGAAACCGAGCUGGAUGGCGGAAAGGGGCAUUCACAAGACGGUCCCGUGGAACGAUCAUUUCAUCGAAGAGUUGAAGAGGGCGCUGGUCGCUUGCCGGGUUUUUGUCAUCUAUCCGAUCUAUUGGUGUGUCUACGGACAAUUCAGCGGCAAUUUUGUCACCCAAGCCGGUCAGAUGCGAGGACAUGGUAUUCCAAACGAUUUGAUGCAGAAUUUUGAUCCGAUCGCCAUCAUUGUCUUCGUGCCCAUCUUGGACAGAUUCGUAUACCCUCUUCUCAGGAAGAUGCACAUCCCAUUCCCACCAAUCAAUCGAAUUGUCCUGGGAUUCUGGGUUGCGGCCCUAGCUAUGAUGUACGCUGCAAUUGUGCAGCAUCUGAUCUACAGCUCUGGACCAUGUUACAAGCAGCCACUGUGCGACGCGUCCAUUGUUGAUGGCGUCGCCGAGGGCAACAACGUGCACAUUGCGAUCCAAGCUCCAGCGUAUAUGCUCAUCGGUAUCUCCGAAAUCUUCGCCUCAGUGACUGGUCUGGAGUACGCAUACACAAAAGCUCCUCCGAGCAUGAAGUCGUUCGUGCAAUCCAUCUAUCUCCUUACCAAUGCAUUUGGUUCGGCGCUAGGGGAAGCAUUGACGCCAGUGGCUUAUGACCCUGCCAUUUUGUGGAUGUUUGUGGGACUUUGUGUGGCGAGCUUCUGCGCUGGGUGCUUGAUAUGGGUGCUGUUCCAUGGGCUGAACGAGAAGGAAGAAGAAAUGAACGCGUUGGAGGAUGAUGUCGAUGAGGAAGGUGGAUAUCGCAAAGGGAGCAAGGUUACAUAUUGAUGGGAAGAUAUGGUAAGGCUGAGCACUCCGCACUGGCUGCUUUGACUUUUUGUGGUCAGAAAAAUUGGAAGCGCUCGUUGAGGUUGCGAUACGAGAAGAAGAGCGUCUAGACCAGUCCUCGGGGCAUUUCCCAC